CUUCUUCUAUUCCGUCCACAACCAUUUUAAUCAUUUGUACCAUUUAGAACAAUUUAAACCAUUGGAAACUGAUUCCGUUCGCUUCAGCGCGGAAAAUUGACUCAAUUUAUUUUGCUUUAAAUCAUGCUUACAACCAUAGGGUAAUACGGAAUCAAGAUUACUUUCUGUUUUUUAUACUUUCCUAUUACAUUAGGACUUCUUAAAGUAAUUGUUAUUUUAGCAAAAGCAAAUUUCUGUGAAAUUCAGUUCGUGUGUAAAACCAUGCUAGAACCUCUGCCGCUUGAGAAUAGCUAUCCUAGUAACGUCAAGCUUAAAUACAAAAAGCUAUCCUAUCAAGCGACAACUCCUACUCGUGGAUCUCUCUUUGCUGCUGGUUACGAUCUUUAUGCUGCUCAUGAAGCUACCAUACCUCCUGGGGGUCGUGAAUUAAUUAAAACUGACAUACAGAUUGAAUUGCCAGAAGGUUGUUAUGGUCGUGUCGCUCCACGAAGCGGACUAGCCUUAAAACAGGGGAUUGAUGUUGGUGCUGGUGUCAUUGACCGAGACUAUAGGGGAAAUCUUGGCGUAGUACUUUUUAACUUUGGAGAACAAAAUUUUGAAAUAAAAAAAGGUGACCGUAUAGCACAACUGAUUUGUGAACGUAUUUUCUGUCCUGAGUUAAUGGAAUGUGAAUCGUUGGCGGAAACGGAUCGUGGUUCAAAUGGUUAUGGCUCAACAGGAGUGUAGAGCCUAAUAAUUUUAUCAGAAUCAAAAUAUUUUUUACAAUAAAUAUAUAAGAAAUAUAACCCAUUUUUUAUGCCUGCAAAUAACUUUUGAAAAAAUUAACAGACUAUCCAAUAUUAAGU